AUGGCUCUGAACAAGACUGAACAAAUAUCGCCAGGGGAACAAGAUCAAGAAAGUUCGGACGGACAAUGUCCUUGCUUUGUCCCAGAAUCCAACCCAUUACCAAACACCUUACCAAGCGCCAACUCUAUCCGAGACUUGGUCUCCUUCACCAUCAACACUGCUCCUCCGGAUCCGAUUAACAUGGCACUUGGUCAGAUCCAGCAUACUCUUCAGUCUCUACUCAUCUCAGGCUUUGAACGACCGUUCGAUCACACCACGGACAAUGCCAAGCUCUUGGGCUGUGUCGAGCUUCUUGAUCAAUAUUUCUUCCAUCACACGUUGACUCGUCCGAGCUCUGAGUUCGUCUCAUCGGGUUCUUUCCAUCAUCUUGAAGAUGGGGUCUUUCCUGCCGGUGCCGUCCUUUUGCCAAAGCGCAAUUGGGUUCAUCUGACCGUCAACAUCCCGGACAUGUCCGCUGUCAGCGGCUGUCUCCUCUCGUCGUCCCGCGUUCGCGCUCUCAUCACUGUCCGCUCUGCCUACCCGCUACUGUCCGGCGGCGUCCGUCCGGUGGCCUUUGCUGCUGCCAUUGAGGGCCUGAUCCAUGAGAUGGUACAUGCAUAUCUGCUCGUCUUUGGCUGCGAUCGCCGUGAGGACUGUCUCAACCGAAAGUUCAAGAACGGGGACCGCCGAGAUUGGCACGGACGACACUUACACAAGUUACUUACACAUGUGUAUGAGACUAUUCAGGAGUGGCACAUUUCCCUGUCGGACUUUGGGUUGGUGUAUAUGGAGGAUCGAGAGUACUGUUGCUAA